AUGUGGAAACAUCAAAUACUUUGGUUUUUGAUAUUUUUGAAUGGAUUCCACUUGAGUUUAACACAAGAUGCUCCUAAACCAGUUAUUAAACCAGGAAAACAAAUUCUAGCUAAGGAAAUAACAGAAGAAGGCCGCGAAAUGGAGAAAUUGUUGAUUGACAUCAUGUUGAAAUCAAUCAAGACAUAUUCCUGCAUUGUCAUCAUGUGUGAUUCAGUUUAUUACAAUGUGUUCAGAGAAGACGUCUUUUUUAAUAUGGACGUUUACAUUUCUUAUUUUCUUAUAUUAGUAGAAGACCACGAUGAUCUAUUAUCACCAUACCCUGACACACAAAAAAGUUUAAUCAAAGUGCGACAUCAAGAUUGUCAAACUUACAUCAUUCUCCUAGCGAACGGUUUACAAAUGUCCAGAUUAUUACAAUAUGGCGAUCGUUAUCGAGUCUUGGACACAAGAGCAAAUUUUGUAAUUCUUUACGAUAAUCGUCUCUUCGACAAAGAUUUACACUACAUUUGGAAACGCAUAGUAAACGUAAUAUUCAUCAAAGAAUACCUAGGUGUAAAAAAACUACCCAACAAUGAAAAGAAAACAAUCCCGUGGUUCGAAUUAUCCACGGUGCCAUUCCCAGCGCCAAUUCGCGGUGUCCUAGUGCCACGCAGAGUGGACAUCUGGCGUGCCGGCAAGUUCCGCCUCGCUGUCAACUUGUUCCGAGAUAAGACAUCGGAUCUGAGGAAUCAGAGCAUGAAGGUGGCGACGUUCCAACACAUUCCCGCUGCGAAGAAAGUGGAUAUCCCACCGUUCAAAGAUUCGAGGAGUAUUCUAAAAGCAGGCAACUAUGGGUUCAGUGGCAUUGAGAUUGAAAUUUUAUCAUCUGUAGCAAAGACAAUGAACUUCUAUCCGGAAUUGUAUGAACCUGAAAAUAUAGAUGAGGAAUUCUGGGGGGAUAAACAGGAAGAUGGAUCGCUGAGUGGAUUGUUUGGUGAAUUAAUUCGUAGUAAAGCUGAAAUUGGCCUUGGUGACUUCUAUUACACACCUUAUAUAUUAAACAUUAUGGAUUUGACACUUCCAUAUACAACUGAAUGUUUAACAUUUUUAACUCCGGAAUCUUUGACGGAUAACUCAUGGAAAACAUUAAUUUUACCUUUUAAACCUAUUAUGUGGUUCAGUGUCCUCACAGCAAUGUUCUUCAUCUCCUUCUUCUUCUAUUAUUUAGCAAAGUUUCACAUGGGUUUGAUGAAAACUUUCUGGAAACCAGAAAAACGCAACCCGGCAAUUCCUCAAAUAAAAGACGCUCCAACCGAUUUAAAAUAUACAUUAAUGCGACGUGAGCAUGAAGUGGUUAAGGAAGAAGGUGAACCCGAAGGUUUAAACCUGUUUGGAGAGGGUGUUAACUCAUUUUUAUAUACUUACGGUAUGAUUCUGAUGAUUUCACUUCCAAAAGUCCCCACAGGAUGGUCGCUGAGAAUGUUGACUGGGUGGUAUUGGUUGUACUGCACACUUGUUGUGGUUAGUUAUCGUGCUAGCAUGACGGCCAUCUUGGCUAAUCCAUCACCAAGAGUUACAAUCGAUACUUUAGAACAACUUUUAGCCUCUGACUUAUCAAUUGGUGGAUGGGGUGAAUUCAAUAAAGACUUCUUCUUGACUUCCCUAGAUCCUAUUUCACAAGAACUAGGAAGUCGUUUUGAAAUUAUCAACAACACGGACGUAGCAACCGAGCGUGUUGCCUUAGGAAAAUUUGCUCUAUACGAGAAUAUUCACUUCCUAAAGCAGACAUCAGUAAAAAGACAAUUAAAGUUUCAAUUGACGCGGUCCAACCUUACCGAUGAACAGAUUGCCGCUGAAAGAAAUUUACAUAUCAUGUCGACAUGCAUCAUCAACAUGCCUGUUUCUAUUGGCCUGCAGAAAAACUCACCGAUAAAACCAAAAUUUGAUAAAUUUAUUAGCAGAGUUAUAGAAGCCGGGCUGAUUGAGAAGUGGUUGAAUGACGUGAUGCAAACAACAUUGACUGCGGAAAUUUCAACGGAUGAUGGUCCAAAGGCAAUAAUGAGUAUGCAAAAGUUUUUUGGAGCUAUAGUUGCAUUAUUAGUUGGAUAUUUCAUUAGUAUUUGUGGUUUUAUCGGAGAAAUCAUCUAUUUCAGACGCGUUGUUGCCAGACAUCCUAAUUUUGAUAAAUAUGCAAAUACGAUUGUUGAUAAGAAAUAUAUUAAAAACCAAUAAUGUUUACGCGGAGUAAAUUUAUGUUUUUUGCACACGUACGAUUAAAUCGUGUAACAAAACAUUUCAAAAUGAAAGAAAUUUAAGACAAUAGACUGCAACAUAACCUCCAUGAAGUCCUAUCACUACGU